UGCUGGGCAACCGGUGCGGGCGCCGCCGGCGGCUCUGUGCUCCCGCUGUAGCCUGCGGAGUGCGGCUCCCACCUCUCGCCCUGGCAACUUCCCUCUCGCCCGCCGCCUGCCCUGCCUCCUCUGCCGGCGUCCUGGCACCCCUGCCCUGGCACCCCCUAAACCUCUGCGGGCCCCACCACGCCGUCGCGCCCACCUGCUGCGACGCCAGGUUCCAUUGAAUGCGAAGCGCUUCGACCCCCGGCGCGGCCCCUGGGACCAUGACCACCUACACCUACACCAGCCGGCCCCGGGCCCCGCCCUGCCGCCUGCGCUACCGGAACGGCCUGACGCAGCAACCGGACGAGCCUUUGCCGUUCGGAAACAUCAUGUAUGACAGAAGGGUGAUCCGAGGCAACACUUACGCUCUGCACACAGAACCGCAGCGCGGGCAGGCCAUCGACGAGCACGUUCAGAAGCUCCAGGAGACUAAGAAGAGGGCGGCCGCCAAAAAGCGAGCCCAGGAGCAGCUCCGACCGCGCACGCCGGAGCCCGUGGAGGGCAGGAAGCACGUGGACGUGCAGACAGAAUUAUACCUUGAAGAAAUUGCUGACCGCAUAAUAGAAGCUGAUAUGGAAUGCCAGACAGAUGCAUUUUUGGACAAACCACCAACACCACUCUUUAUUCCUGCCAAAACUGGCCAGGAUGUGGCCACCCAAAUCCUAGAAGGAGAGCUCUUUGACUUUGACCUGGAAGUGAAACCGAUGCUGGAAGUCCUGGUGGGAAAGACCAUUGAGCAGGCGCUGCUGGAGGUGAUGGAAGAGGAGGAGCUGGCCGACCUGCGGGCCACGCAGUACGCGUUUGAAGAGCUGCGCAACGUGGAGCUGGCGGAGGUCCAGAGGCUGGAAGAGCAAGAGCGGCGACACCGGGAGGAAAAAGAGCGCCGGAAGCAGCAGCAGUGGGAGGUGAUGCACAAGCACAAGGAGACUUCGCAGAAGAUCGCCGCCCGCGCCUUCUCACAGCGCUACCUGGCCGACCUGCUCCCCUCCGUGUUCGACAGCCUCAAGGAGGGCGGCUACUUUUUUGAUCCGAUUGAGAGAGAUAUUGAGCUCGGAUUCCUUCCGUGGCUAAUGAACGAAGUUGACAAAACCAUGGAGCACAGCAUGGUGGGAAGGACAGUGCUUGACAUGUUGAUUCGUGAAGUGGUUGAGAGGAGGCUGAACACGUAUGAGCAAAAGGAGGACAAGCAUCCGUUUCUGAAGCCCGAGGACGGGCCUGGUGGUCCUGGACCCAUGAGAGACCCCACGACGGGUGAUGAAUUCCAGGAGCAGAGGUCGCUCCCAAGCACAGAGGCCCCCUAUGAGAAGCUAAUAGAGGAAGAGGAGGAGGAGGAAGAUCCGAUAGGACUGAGGAGAUCCCUGGGGAGGGAAGAACAGUUUCAAGGCAGAGAAUCCUGGGAGGGGUGAAACCAGCCUACAGCCAACCAGCAUUGCAAGCAAUCAGGUACCAAAAACAUGUCCAUAUUUUAACAAUGGAGAGGAAUAUCUUUCUCCAGCUAUAAAAAGGACUUGCACUGUAUGACUAUGUAGCAUUAUGUGGUUCUCCAAGCGUCUUCCCACCCAUCGCUGUAUCAGUGACACCUCAUAGCACCCCUUCUGAAAGUGUGAGUGACAGUGUCUGCUUGUCAGCCUCAGUCAUUCGUUCGUUACCAGCGAACACUCCCGAGUGCCUGCUGUGUGCCCGGCGCCAUGUAGCCGCGGAGAUACAUGGAACGGCUGCGAGUAAGGACACCGCAGCCGGGGACUUACAGGGACAAGCCUACCGAGUGAUGGGAUGGAAGCUGGGACCCAAGCCUUCUUUCUUCUCAUCUAGUGGGCUUUCCGCUAAACCAGCGGUUCUCAACCUGUGGGUCGCCACCCCUUUGGGGGUCAAACAACCCUUUCACAGGGGUCGCCUAAGACCAUCGGAAAACACAUAUAUAAUUACACAUUGUUCUUGUGAUUAAUCACUAUGCUUUAAUUAUGUUCAGUUUGUAACAAUGAAAUUGGGGGUCACCACAACAUGAGGAACUGUAUUAAGGGGUCGUGGCAUUAGGAAGGUGGAGAACUGCUGCCUAAACAACCUUGAGUCCUUGUGGGUUACAAAGAAUAACGUUGAAUAAAUUAUUGUAUUAACAGCAUUUUUAAAAUUGGAAUUGCACCUGUUAUCCAUUGCUGGGUUAGCAGUCUUCAUAAUCAUGCUCAAAUUUGUAGGAUUGAUUUUGGCAAGAAGACCUAAACAUUUUAAAAUUAGGGUUGUUGCUGAUCAUUAUUAUUAUUAUUACUAUUGACUUUAAAAUACCUAUAAUCUUAAGAAUGCUUUCAGAAUGGAGCUGAGAUGAUCUUUUACAAAUUCUAACCCUUUUUUACAAUAACCCAGUCCACUAAGCACUUCUCAGGUGCUUUGCUAAAACAUUCAGGCUUGUGCUCUAUAAUUCCAUAAGUUAACUCAGUUUAUUAAAAUAUACAGAAAUCUUCCCUAGCCAGUUUUAGUCGGUGGUUAGAGAAUCGGCCUGCUGACCAAAGGUUUGAUUGCCAGUCAAGGGCAUGUACUUGGGUUGCAGGAUCGAUCCCCGGCCCUUGCUGGGGUGCAUGCAGGGGGCAACCGUCAGUG